AAAAUGGAUAGAUGGAAUCAGUCCAUGGUACCAGAAUUCGUGCUUUUGGGACUUUCCCACUCACAUAAUCUUCAGCUCUUACUAUUUGUGAUGUUUUUGAUUAUUUAUGUGCUCGCUCUAUCUGGAAAUAGUACUGUCAUGUUCUUAAUUGUCACGGACCGUAAUCUCCAUUCCCCCAUGUACUUCUUUUUGGCCAACCUGUCCUUUGUUGAUAUGUGGCUUUCCUCAGCCACCACUCCUAAGAUGAUUGCAGACUUUCUCAGUGAACCAAAGAUCAUUUCCUUUGCAGGCUGCAUGUCCCAGGUCUUCUUCGACCAUUGUGUUGGUGCAGUAGAGAUGAUGCUGUUGGUGGUAAUGGCUUAUGACCGCUAUGUGGCCAUCUGCAAACCACUCCACUACUUCACCAUUAUGAACCUGAAAAGAUGCACUGGGUUGGUGGUGACUUCCUGGGCCAUUGCCUUUGUGCAUGCCAUGAGUCAGCUUUUGGCAGUUGUGCAGCUGCCUCUCUGUGGUCCCUUGGAAAUUGAUAGUUUCUUCUGUGACAUACCACUGAUAAUCAAGUUAUCCUGCACAGAUUCCCAUGAUUUGGAUAUUUACAUGAAUGCUGACUGUGGGGUUGUGGUUGUAACCUGCUUCAUUCUCUUGCUCAUUUCCUACACAUAUAUCCUUAUCACUGUUCGCCAGAGCUCUAAAGCUGGUGCAUCUAAGGCCUUGUCUACAUGCACUGCCCACAUCACAGUGGUGAUGAUCUUUUUUGUGCCCUGCAUCUUCAUCUAUGUGUGGCCACUCAAUAUCACUUGGCUGGACAAAUUUCUUGCUGUAUUUUAUACUCUUAUUGCACCUCUCCUGAAUCCAGCCAUUUAUACACUGAGGAAUAAAGAAAUGAAAAAUGCUAUGAAGAAAUUAAAAAGCCAUUUCACAAAUCACAAGGGAAAUACUUAAUGCCAAGAAAAUUCACUGUAAAUAUUUCAAACUGACAAUUCACUGAAAUUACUACAAACUGAUAAUUUGGGUAUUUAGUUUGUAUUCAGAAUUAGUUAAGGUAGUCUGAUAUGUAAUAAGCUUAAUAUAAUUUGGAGAGUUAACAUUUUAAUCAUAUCGAACAUUGUAAAUGAUUUCUGAUUAUUUUUUAAAAUAGUCCUUCCUCAUGACAAAAUUAUUCAAUUGAUUCUUAUA